AUGAAGUUCGGUGCGAGUGUUUGCAUCCUGAACGUGGGCGGCACGCGCUACGCUUUUCAGAAGGAUGUGCUGAAGGACUUUCCUUUAAGAAGAGUGAGCCGCCUGCACAGCUGCGCGUCCGAGCGCGAGGUGCUCGAGGUGUGCGACGAUUACGACCGCGAGCGCAACGAGUUCUUUUUCGACCGGCACGCAGAAGCUUUCGGGUUCCUAAUGCUCUACGUGAAGCACGGUAAACUGCGCCUGGUGCCGCGCAUGUGCGAGCUCUCCUUCUACAACGAGAUGCUUUACUGGGGUUUGGAAAGCUCGGACCUGGAGAUGUGCUGCCAAAGGCGCCUGGACGACCGCAUGUCCGACUCAUGCACGCACUUCAGCGAGGAAGAACGGCCCCCCGAGGACCGAGACGACCAAGAGACCCAAACGCAGCAAAGGCGCCGGGACCCUAAGUGGCUCGAGCGCAUGCGCAGGACCUUCGAAGAACCCGCGUCCUCCAUAGCCGCGCAAAUCCUCGCCUCGGUGUCCGUGCUGUUCGUUAUCGUGUCCAUGGUCAUGCUGUGCGCCAGCACUCUGCCCGACUGGGAAACAGACGACGAUAACAUGGUGGAGGAGCACAGGUACACAGAGUCUUUAGACCAUCCUGCAGGGAUCAUCGAAGCGGUAUGCAUUGGCUGGUUCACGGCAGAGUGCAUCGUGCGCUUCCUUGUGUCGCGUGACAAGUGUGAGUUUGUACGUCGCCCACUGAAUAUCAUCGACCUGUUGGCCAUCACGCCUUACUACAUCUCCGUGACCAUGACAGCUCUGACCGGAGAGAACUCUCAGCUGCAGAGGGCCGGUGUAACACUGCGCGUGCUGCGCAUGAUGCGAAUCUUCUGGGUAAUCAAACUGGCCCGCCACUUCCUUGGCUUACAGACGUUGGGCUUGACUCUGCGCCGCUGCUACCGCGAGAUGGUCAUGCUGCUGGUGUUCAUCUGUGUAGCCAUGGCCAUUUUUGGGGCCCUGGCCCAGCUGCUUGAGCAUGGCCUGGACUUGAAUUCAAGCAACGAGGAAUAUGCAAGCAUCCCUGCCGCCUGUUGGUGGGUUAUUAUCUCCAUGACGACUGUCGGCUAUGGAGACAUGUACCCCAUCACUGUGCCAGGGCGCGUGCUGGGUGGCCUUUGCGUGGUGAGUGGAAUUGUGCUGCUGGCACUGCCCAUCACUUUCAUCUACCACAGUUUUGUGCAAUGCUACCACGAACUCAAGUUCCGCUCUGCUCGCUGUCCCAGGAGCCUCUCGGCCGAGUUUGUCAACUGAAAUCUUCAACUGACUUUUUUUGGUUCUACUUUUUCCUACAGUUGUAAUUGUACGUUCAGUUACUUCUAUCGGCUAAUUGUAUUAUCUGACCAGGUCUAAACUUUGGUCUCAGGUAGAGCUUAGAGGCUUGCUUUGCCCCUGUGGCUACACAGCUCGGUCCAUUGAGGGACCCGGCGUCUACAGAGAUUAGUUCCAGCCUUGUUCCACACCAUUUGCUUUGACUAAAUGAUGUUGUGGUGCAUGGCUGGAACAAAUACUUGUGGACUCUGGGUCCGUUAAUGGUCCGGUCUAUGUUUUAUCCACUCAGCCCAACUCUGAUUCAUUCAUUGUUAGCAGACGCCAGGAUAAAGCUUUGUGUGCCAGGACAAAGCUUGGCUGUGCUUAAUUAGUAUUAUUAUUAUUUAACAGUAACUACUGUCACUGAGCAUCCAGAGCUGUUAGCAAGGCCAGCAAAGAUAAUAGCUUAUAUUUCAAAAAUCCCAAAAGCUUUGGCAUGUUUGUCUGAGCCCUCAGGCUGAAAACCUUCCUUCAAACAUCCAAACAGACGUACAUUUCACUCACUAGCCAAGACGUACAUGCAUUAGCUUAUGAAUGCCAUGCCACAUAGACAUCCUACAAUCUUGGCAAUCCUAUAAACGUUAUAAAAAUAAUAAAAUCUUAAGUUCUUUCACCUCAA